GAGAGCAUUGAUUAUCAGAUCAGUCCAAAGUCCGGUGCAGUGGAAGACAGACGGACGGACGGACGGACGGACGGACGGACUGAGAGACGAGCAGAGAGCCGAGGACGAGCUUCUGAGGAUUAUAUGUGAGGGGACCCUGCUCAGAGAUGGACAUCCUGGAGACACACGCCUACGACCGCAGGCAGAAGAGGAACACGUCCUGUGCUCUCUUUGUGUCUCUGCUGCCGUUCUUUCUCGCUGCAGCUCUCUACUUCUACCUGUGGACUCCUGAGUCUCCUCCGUCCAUCGUGGCUGCAGGUGUGAAGGCGGCGCCGACCCUCCUCCUGGCUGCAGUGGUGCUGAGCUGGAACGGGGGUCAGAGCGUCCUGGGCGUGGUGGGGGGGCUGCUCUUCUCUGCCGUGGGCGACUGCUGCUUGGUCUGGAACGAGCUUUUCCUGCAGGGAAUGGGGGCUUUUGCCGUGGCCCAUCUCCUCUACUCAGUCUCCUUCCUGUCCAGUCGAUAUGGACCCCAUUCCUCGUCCUCCUGGAUCCGGGGCGUCUAUCUGAUCCUGAUCAUGGUGGGAGGAGGUUUCUACUUCUACCUCUACCCGUUCCUGCAGAAGACCUCUAACUCUGACGUCCUGACUCCGGCCGUGGGCGUCUACUUCUGUCUAAUCCUUCUGAUGGUGUGUCUGGGCAUCAGGACCAGUCACACAGUAACAGCUCUGGGGGGGUUGAGCUUCGCUGUGUCCGACGCGUCGCUGGCUCUGCAGGUUUUCAAGGUGAUGCCGCAGAUGGAGCACGGCCACCUGGUCGUCAUGGUGACGUAUUACAUGGCCCAGCUUCUGAUCGCCGUGGGCGACGUGAAGGCAGCGGUGGACGAGGACGACUUUUCUAAAUGGAAGAGGUCCUAACCAGCCUGGGGUGUCCUGGAGUUAUUAAACCUCCUCUGAACGAACGGACCCGUCCGAUAGAGGACGAGAGGAAGACGCUUAUCAGCUCAGUUCAAUAAAACUUUACAGCUGGAAAAGAUGGACGCCUCAUUAUCAUCAGCACUAAAGUCCAACUGAUACACAACCAUUAAAAUACAACCAAUCCAUUCAAUGAACAUCAGUUUACAGUAUUUACUGAUUGAUGAUGAAAAUGUUUGAAUAGACGUUGGAGUCUAUGUGCUGAUUGUGUGUGUGGUGAUGUGAACUGACCUUUAUCUGUACAUGAAUGCUCAGAGGAAAUAAAUGUGGUGUCUAUGA